AUGGCAGGGGUCGGCACCCUCCCCGUGGUUGUGACUCCCACGAUCUGCAACCUCGGGGUGGGAAGAGUCCUCGUUAACGGGGGAGCGGGUCUGAACCUCCUCUCCCCGGAGAUGUUCCACAAGAUGCAGAUCGGGGAACGCAAGCUGCUCCCAUCAAUGCCUUUCUAUGGUGUUACUGAUGGGAAGACGAUUUCCCUAGGGCAGGUCGAGUUACCCGUCACGUUCGGGGAAUGGGACAACUUUCGCACCGAGAACAUUGUCUUCGACAUGGCGCACUUCGACCUCCUCUACAACGCCAUCCUCAGGCGCCCGGCGCUCGCCAAGUUUAUGGCAGCUGUGCAUUAUGCAUACAGCACCCUGAAGAUCCCGGGGCCUUCCGGGGUCAUCUCCGUUAAGGCGGACAUCAAGGGGUCGGUGCAUUGUGCCGAGAGGCUCUACGAGGCCAUGGCGGCCGUCUCCCCGGACGACGGCAAAUGCACUUGGAGAAUGCUUGGUAUGCACUACUUUGACACCUACAUGGACAAAGCCCCUUAUAGGGUACCAACUGGGUUUUGA